AUGUAUGUCUUUAUGUGCAACCUGUGUGUAUCUGGGGUAUGUGGGGCCUCCAGCUUCUACUUGCAGCUGCUACUCGACCUUCUGGAUGAUGCUCAUAUCAUCUCAUAUGCUGGUUGCUUUGUGCAGAUGUUUUUUAUGUAUGCUUACAUCUUCUGCCAGUUCAGCAGUCUGACCGUCAUGGCAUACGACCGCUACCUGGCCAUCUGCCAGCCGCUGCGUUACUGGGCUCUCAUGACUGUCCAGAAGGUGGCCCUGCUGUUGCUGCUUAUCUGGUGUCUGUCACUGCUGGAAACAGCUGUUGGCAUUGUCUUGAUUGCCAGACUUCAACUCUGCAGCCACACCAUUGCCAGAAUCUUCUGUACUAGUUGGGAGGUGGUGAAACUGUCCUGCUCUGACACCACAGCCAACAACCUGUAUGGCAUCGUGCUCAUGUUUCUGCACUCUCUGCAAUUCUUAGUCAUCAUAGUCUCAUACGUCCACCUGAUCCGAAGUGCCGCCCGGUCUCAGACAGACCGUAAGAAGUUUGUUCAGACCUGCAUGCCUCACUUAUUCUCGCUGCUCGUCUUCACUGUCUCUGUGUUCUUUGACACACUAUACUCUCGUUAUGGGAUCAACUCCAUGCCGGCUCUGCAGAACGUGCUGGCUGCAGAGUUCCUCGUGGUACCGCCCAUCGUCAACCCCAUCAUCUACGGCAUGAACCUGCAGCAGAUCAGGACACGGAUCCGCAUCUGGUUCAACUUAGAAAACCCUCAGAGAGCAUUCUUUAAGUAAAGUACACAAGGAUAAAUAAUAAUUUUUAAAAAAUGUGGCAUCCUGUGUUCAUGGUUCUGCUGGUAGAAAAACUGUUACAAGACCGUUUUCAAAGUGAGUUACAAUAAAUACAAGCAUAUAAAAAAGGUAUCAGGGUAUGUCUGCUCUACAAAAAGGACAGUAUCCUAAUUACAUGAAAAAGGUUAUCAAAUUCAGAUUCAGUCCAGCAUUACAGUAGCAGACCAAUGUUUUGUUUUCCUGUCUUUGUAUGACCUUCAUUAGACUGAUGUGUUGCUGCAUUGGCGAAAAUACAGAUCUGGACA